AUGGAUUACUUUCGCGUUAACAAUCCUUCUAGUUGGUCUCUUAUAAGCUUUUUAAAAUGGAGAUCAGAUAACAUGACCCUAAAAGAUUGCGCUCAAGAACACGGUCAAGAGCACGCCCUAGUAGCAUUUUAUGGAUCCUUGAGUUCCGCACUUUGGGUACAAUUGUCCUUGAGUCAGUUGGAUAGCGACUUUGAAGAGAACACUUCCAAAAAAGCUCGUCAAGACAAAAAUGAUAUAAACGCUAUACUACCUACACCAGAAAACAAUGUAGCAAAAGUUACAAAUCCAAUUGUCGAAAAACUUCUCAAAUAUGGUAAAGGCAUCGCAAGGUAUAAAAUAAUAUUUUUGCCUGAAGAUAACAAGGAAGAUCCGAUAAGGAAGCUUCUAAACGACCAAGAAUGGGCGGCAUCUGAGCAUAACUGGAAAAUGGCUGAAAAAAGAAUAACCAAUUCCUUUUCAUUUGUGAUACCAGAAAAUAUAAAGAAUCUCUUAACUAGAUAUGACAAAGCUAUCGAAGAACAGACAGUUGGAUUUGAAUCAAAUAUUAAUAAAAUAUCAUUAGUAAUAAACGAAAAUCCAUUUGUGAAGGAAAGAACGGAAUAUGUGUUUAAAAGAGACUGGCUUCUUCACUGGACCCAGCUAGUGUAUACUUCGUUGUAA